CUAGUGUCUUACAUGCCGCUAGCUUCAGCAUCUGCCGUUCCCGCCGGGCGUAAUAGCUGGACAACAGCACCGAUCUUGAAGGCUGUACUGAAAGCCUGGCGUGUCGCGUGCACCAGCUUCCGCCAGAGAGCAUCAGUGCGGGACUUUAAAAAACCAUGGAGGCCGCCCUGGUCGCGGCCGCAGAACGAAACGACGCCGACGCGGUGGAGCGCAUCCAGCGCGCGGCGCGGGGCGACGACGACGCGCUCUGCGACGCCGUGGCCUCGCACCUGCGCACGGAGCUGGAGAGGGAGGCGCCGCCGCCGCCGCUCGAUAAUACAAAUGACUUCCCGGCGCUGCCCACGACGAAGAAGAAGCGCGUGCGCGCGACGCUCGUCACUGCGACGGUGCCGCCCGCGCCGCCCGUCGCGACGCCCGUCAAGCGGCCCAGCGCCGCGGCGUCGACCGACGCGUCGGCCGCGCUCGGCGCCGUCGUCGCGCGCGCGGCGCGGCGCGGCGACCUCGGCGCGACGCUGCGCCUCGUCGCGCGCGCAGCGCGGCGCGGCGGCGGCGGCGCGCGGCGCCUCGCCGCCGAGGCGGCGGCGGCGCUCGCGCCGGAGCUCGCGGCGCUGCCCCUGGACGCGUUUCGCCCCGCGUCCUUUUUUCUUUGCCUUCGACGUCCUGGCCCCAUCCGCGACCUCGCCUCGUGCCUCGUGUGUGGGCCUCUGAUGCAUCACGUGCCGUCGACGCGACCGCUCGACGCAGGUGCGGCCGCGCGGCCGACCUCGCGCGCGACGCCGGCUGCCGCGACGCGGCGGCGGCGCUCGCGCGCCGCGCGUCGCCGCGGCCGUCUCCGAAAAAACAAUCGGCGGCGCCGCGCGACCUGAGCGUGCCGUUCGACGCCGCGCGCGACUCGCGCCUGCACCACCGGGGCCGCGAGCAGGCCUACGCGCUGCGCGAGCGGUGCCGCGACCGGUUCCUCGAUUUACUGCGGGACUACGAGGCCGCGCGCCGCGAUGCGAAUCGCGAGCGCCUCUUCCCGCCGGCGGACGACGCCUUCUUCUUCCGGAAACGGCGGCCGCAGAGGCGCGGCGCGCGGCAAACAAGAGACGCCUUCCGCGACCGCGCGUCCCAGGUCUGCCGGGCCGUGCCGCCCGAGCACGUCGGCUGGUUCGCGCGCGUUUUCACGGAUAUCCUCACGGCCGCGGCCGCGGCCGAGGAUGUCUAUGACGAGGCGGACGACGCGUUCUGGGCGGGCUCGCCUCUGGAAACGGUGCCGGGCCAGCUCCGGAUCUUCGCGCUCUUCGUCGUCGGCGCCGACGCCAAGGCCUUCUCCGAUUCUUUACGGGAGGUGCUCGUCGCGACGCUAAGUGAGGACGUCGACGCGGACGCGCUCCCGCGGACGCGCGUCGGCGAGGCGCUGGCGAAGCGCACGGCCGGCGCGGCGCUGCUCGGCUUCCUGCGGUCGGCGCCGAACUUUGGUAGUAGUUCACAGGGGCGGCCGCGGCCGGCGGACCUCGACGUCGUUCGCGUGUUGCAAAGCGUCAACGACGCGUCGGACGCGCGCGCCUACUUCGUCGCGGCGUGGGUCUGCGCGUUCCUCGCCGCCCUGCAGUUCGACGCCGCGUCCCGCAGGGAGGACACGGCGAUCAUGGACGAGCUCGAGGCGUUGCGGGCGCGCCUCGCCUGCCGCGACCCGUCGCCCGCUUUGCUCGCGGCGCGCCUCGACGUCGAGGCGUGCCUGCGGCGGCUCGGGCGGCCGCUGGCGUCUCUAGAGUUAAGCGUGCCGGCGCCCGCGUCGCCGACGUCGCCCGCCUCGCCGCGCGACGCCUGGUCGCCGCGCCGCGCGCCCAACGUCGCCGACGCCGACGCGCUGCGGUCGCCGGCCGCGGCGCGGGCCGCGCGGGCCUGGUUCUCCGCCGCGGUUUCUGUCGUGUCGCCCGCCAAGGCCAAGACGCCCCCGAAGAAAGUGA